AUGUUGAGCAGGUUGGACUGGUUCACCAGCUCGCAGACUGUCCAGGAAAGUCUGGUCCCGCUCCACCAGGUUAUCGGCCAGCUCUCCCGGGCGGAAGAACAGCCCGUCCUGGGUCUACUGCUCCAGACGGCGGAUAGUUUUCUGAUGUCACUAUCGCUGUACCUCAAGCAGCUGGUCUCCAAGAAGAAGUGUCGCUGGCAGGAGGACGGCUUCGACCUCGACCUGAGCUACAUCACUGAAAACAUCAUUGCUAUGGGCUUCCCUUCGGAGGAAAUAGAAUCGCUGUACCGUAAUCGCCUGGCCGAUGUCAAGAGCUUCUUGGACCACAAGCACGCCGGCCACUACCGCGUCUACAACCUGUGCGCCGAGCGGCAGUACGAGCCCGAGAAGAUGGGCGGCAACGUGAUAGCCUACCCUUUCAAGGACCACCACCCGCCUCCUUUCCCUCUUCUCUACCAGGUAUGCUAGAACAUCCACGCCUACCUGGAAAGCCAUCCUGAUAACGUGGUGGCCAUUCACUGCAAGGCCGGGAAGGGGAGGACAGGCGUGGUCAUCUGCAGCUUCCUGCUCUACGAGGGCAUCUUCGCCCGGCCGGAGCAGGCGCUGUCUUUCUACGCAGAGCGGCGGACCACCAACCACAAAGGCGUGACCAUUCCGAGCCAGAUCCGCUACAUCGGCUACUUCCUCCGCACCCUCGAGCAGGGGCUCACCCCAGAGCGCUACCUCCUGGCGGCAGAGACUCGGCUGCUGGGGGUCUCGCUCCUCGAGGCGCCUGAGGUUUACGACAGCCGCGAGGUGGAGUGCAGGCGGCUGGCGAAAGGGGAGCGCGCGGAUUGGCGGCUGGAGGUGCCUCUGAGGCAAGACUUCCAGAUCCGGUUCUACCAUGCCAGCACGUUCAAGAAGGAGCUGCUGUUCACGUGCUGGCUGAACGCCUUUUUCUGCAGGGGGAGGCUGCCCCUGCCGCGAGAGGCCCUGGACGGGCUGAAGGACCGAGGGCCUGGGUUCAGUGGACUGGCGCUCGAGUUGGCAUUCGGGGAGUGA